AUCCCUCCGCCAUGUUUAUGUUCUGAUUCUCUGCCGAUGGUGGUAAACAAUGUUAGCUGUAGCAUUAGCUUGAUUUAAACACAAAAGUGUCAACAUUUCAAUGUAUUCUGCAAUUAUAUAGAAUUGCAUUUACACGGACGGAACAGUAUUGCGUCAUGGCGGCCAGCCCCGGAGAUGAUGACUUUGAAGAUUAUGAUAAACCAGGUGCAGAGAGAUCACGCAGGAGGAGAGGCGAAGAUGAUGAUUUAGACAGUGAAUUUGAUGGUGAUUUGCUCGACGAGGAUUGGCUGACAGCCAAAAAGAAUCCCUCAGAAGUGUCAGAUGAGGAAUUGAACGAUGACCUUCUGCAAAGCGACGACGAAGAUCAAAACAUCGGCCAGGGCAUUAGCCUCAAUGCUACUCUAGGCGAAUUUGACCAGCAGGUGAACCCCGUAGACUACACAGACAUAGAGAGGGGCUACCAGCAGGAGGGGGGAGAGUACGUGGAUGAGUACAGCCAGCCCAAUGACAUGGAGAUGCCAGACGGCCAAAUGGAAUACUCAGGAGAACAGGCCGAAGGCGACGGGAUUUACCAGGACGAAGUGUUAGACAUUCAAAUCAAUGAGCCUCUAGACGAUGAAUUUCAAGUGGAUGAUUACUCGGCAAGCUACAGAGAUGGAGAACAACCAGAGCAUCUAGAGGAGGAGGCAGAGCAACAGGAAGCACCAGAGGGGGAAGAAGAGGAAGACUCUCAGCUCACAGAGGAGGCUGAAAAUGAACCAGAGCCAGAGGAAGAAGUGAAGGAGGAGGAAGACGAGGAUGAAGAGGAAGACGACGAUGGACAGUCUGGCCGGUUGCGUUUCAAAACGGAGCGCAAAGACGUCACGUCCGGCAUUGUGCGGCUGGCAGAUGCAGCAAACAAAAGAAGAAACAUUCCUGAAACAUUAGAGCUCUCUGAAGAGGCCAAAGCAGACCUGAUGGAGUUUGAGGAGAAGGAGCGCCAGAGGAAGCAGGGCCGCUUUGGGGGCCGAGGAGGAAGAGGAGGAGAGAGAGGAGGAUUCAGAGGACGAGGAGGAAGAGGGGGGUUCCCCGGAUUCGGGAUGGGAGACUUUGGUGGAGGAAGAGGACGAAUGAAUGACCAGAGGCUCCCAAUUAUUCCACUGCAUAUGGGCAUGCAGCAGUCUCCCUCCAGAAUGCCUCCCCCUCACCACCAAACUCAUCAGCAGCAUCGCCAGGGCGGCCCCGGUGGCCCCCGAGGGCCUCUUUUCCAGGAGCACAGUGGGGGCUCGCUGGCCCAGCAGCCCCUGCAACCCCUCAUCCCCCAGCACAUGGCCCACCGUAGCUCUCCCUCCUCACACGGGGCACCAGUCAGGCCCCAGAUGGACCCGCCUCCCCGCAUGAUGAGUCCUCCUCCUUCACACAACCACCCCCACCAGCAACAACAGCAGCAGCAGCAGCCCAAGAACAUCCACAUCAAUCCCCAUUUCAGGGGCCCAGCGUCCUCCCCUGCACAAGUGCCCUUGAUGUCUCCUGCCCAGAGCCAGCCCAGACCUGCUGCGAGUCCUCAGAGGUUCCCUGGAUCAGGGGACUUCCAGCAGCAGCACAUGCCUGGUAAUUUUGGCCAGCCGCCCCAGAGGCCCCCGCAUCACAUGGAGCCCUGGAGGAACCAGCCUCCCCCCACCUCCCAGGACAGAGAGCCCUUCUUUAUCGGGGACCCUGGGCGGUUCCCUGGGCAACAGCAGCACAUGUUCGAGCACCAGAACCCUGGCUUACUCAUAAACAGUAACAACCAUCAGAUCCCCAGCCAGGGCCACAUGGCCUUCAACCAGCCAGGCCUAGGAGGGUUCAACCAGCCAGGCCAGGGUCCAGGGGGCCAGCUAGGGCUGUUCCAGAGAGAGCCCCCCAGACCCAACCUGCCUCCCCAGGGCCACCCCCAGGGCCACCAGGGCAUGGCCAGCCUGACGGGGCUCGGCGGACCCCCCAACACCAGGCCCUUCAUGGGCCACCUUCAGCCCGGGUUUCAGCAGCAGCAGGUGCCCCCUGGGCCCUUCCCCCUGCAGCAGCUCCAAUUUGGGAUGCAGGUACGGAUGAGAGGCUUGAUGCAGCACGGCCCACCCCACUCGCACCUCCAGCAUCACGACUUGCCUCUCUCCCAUCAACAACAACAGCAGCAGCACCACAGACAGGACCUCUCUCAGCCGCCCCCCCACCACCACCCACAGCACCAGCUCCACCCCAAUGAGCAGCGGCAAGGCCCCAUGAUGCACCACGGCGGUGGGCAGGGCCAGCCCCUCUUUCACCAGAUGCAGCAGCACGGCAGCCCCAGACAGACACACCCUGGCGGACCCCAUCCACAGCAACGGAACACCCCCAUCAGGCCCAGGAUGAACCCUCCUGCACUGAAAGUCCUUCCCCAGCGCAACAGCAACCUCCGCGAGCUCCCCGUGGCACCUGGCAACCAAAACAUGAACAAUGUCCGCCCCGCCUCGGCGCCCAACGUCAGGCCCGUUGCCAGGGCAAUGCAGGCGGGGUUGCGACCGAGCCUGAACGCUUGGCAGGUCCCCGGCGGUGGCAGAGGGAGAGCCCAGCCUACUGCUACCAACAAGGCUGCAGCACAGCUACCUGGACCACCUGAAAGAACGGUGGUUCGCAGGGAUUCCACAGGCACCCAGCCAAACAUAGCAGUACAGGAUCCCGAUGAGGACGAAGAGACGCGGCAGUACCGUCUGAAGAUCGAGGAGCAGAAGCGACUCCGGGAGGAGAUCCUGAAGAGGAAGGAGAUGAGGAGGCAGAUGCAAGCUGGCGUCCGCAAGAAGGAGCUUCUGGAUCGCAUCAACGGCCAGGGUGACCCACCACAACAACAGCAGCAGAGGCAGUUUCCACCUAAACCCCAACAGCCCCAGCAAGGUUCUACUGCCUUCCCUCCCAACGGCACUCCACCGACGCCCCCCGCGCUCCGCCAGAACGUGAAGAACCGCCUGCAGAUGACCAAGGGCCAGGGUCAGCAAGCCCCAGCGCCAGGCUGGCAGGGGGGCCAACCAGGGCAGAACACGGGCCCCGGUCCCAACCCUACCCAGCAGGCCCAGCAACAAUAUCAGCAGCAGAGGAGGAACGUUACCCAGCUGAACCCUAUCAGACCAGGGGGGCCCACUGCCCUGGGGAACAUGCCCAUGCAGGGAGCCCUGAUGGCAGGUCUGAGUCCAGGCCAGGCCCAGGCUCUGGGGCCUAAGUCAGGGGUGAAGAGAACUGUGAUGCAGCGAGCCAAUAGUGGAGACAGAGCGGGGCCACACAUCCCACAGAAAGUCAGAGUUGUCAAGCUUCUAGGAGGGGGAGCAGAUGUGAGUGGUAUCAGCGCCCCCAUCCAGCAGCAGCAGGCCACCAGGCCCGCCCCCCAUCUCCGCCAGGGCCCAGUGAGGAAGAUAACCCUGGCAAACCCCCCCGGAGGACAGCCCAUACAGGGCCUGGUCACACAGGGGGACAGAGGGGGCCUGGGCAACAGGGUGGUUGUCCCAGGGCGUGGCAGAGCCAGAGGGGCAGCGGGGGCAGGAGGAGCGGGUCAGCUGGGGUGUGGGCGCCUGAUGCCCGCCAGACAGAAUCAGCGAGGGGCGGUGACGGGGGACAGCCAGGCCUGCACUGUGUCCAUAGACGGCCUGUCUACAUCCACCACGGACACGCAGCUCCAAAACCUGCUCAACUCCAUCGGCCCCAUCCAGAUGUUCAAAAUGCUGCCCCAUCAGAGGAAAGCUAUUGCCAAAUUUCACAAUCCCCAGCAUGCCCUGAGUUUCCAAGUCAGCUUCAACAGGCAUAUGAUAGAUUUGUCGCACAUUGACGUGUCGCUGAUUGACGGCUGAAGCAAGCGGUAGAGGGAGGCGGCGAGCGCCCGGUGCGGGGACGUCGCGUCAGAUGCUUAUUCAACCUUGAGGCUCCCGUGUACAGCUCCUUCAGCUAGAUGUAACCACGUCCCUAUGGAACACUAACCUACACCGUACCCUCAUCCUCCUCACAACAAGCACCCCCAACCGCCUCGCCUGCAGACUAUCUACUGUGGAGAUCCUCAGCACAAAGCAGCAUGUUUUUUUUCUCAUGGUUGAAUUGCGGUCAAGGGGGAGGUUCAAUGCCAGUUUCAUGUGACAAUAUGUUCAUGGUCGCCGGUCUAGUGACGUUCAAACUGUGACAGAAGAAAUGUGAGAUAUGAGAAAAGGUUUGAGUAAAAGGUUUGUGCAUCGGGCACUAACGACAACAAGAAGUAGUGGUUGACACUGGAUAAUGGUUGCUCCCAUCCUCGGCUCAGUUGUGAACCCCAUCGAUAUCAACAGUUAAAAGAGAAGAGUUUUGGAGAUCUGCCUGUGUUGUAGGCUAUUGUUUUAAGCGGUACCUCAAGAUUUUGCUCAUUUUCUAAACAGGUGUUUUGGAUUCGAGGAAAGCUACUGAAUUUAACAGGUGUAGAACAGGAGCGAGGCUUGCCACUACAUAGUUUUCCUUCUGGCAGUGCCAUUUUCCUCCUAUAGAUGGCAGCAUUUGAUAAUGAUUAUGUACACUAUGGGGUGGCUUUUUGGGUAGGGCCCUUCCUCAAGCAGCGUUUAGUUUCUGGGUAAAUGGCACUGCCUAGUGGAGAACAUGUAGGAACGUAUUAAAGCCAUUAACAAAAAUUCUGUUCAAAUGCAGUUUGAGGGUGUGAUGAUGAGGAUGAUUCAAACUUACACAUGCAUCAGGUAAUGGUUCCAAGGAUUUUUGUUCGAAUAGAAUCUAGAUUGACUGGCCAUACAAAAUAUAGUAAUAUCUUAUUCCUAACAUUAAAACUGGAUAACAUGGAUAUGUUAGGUUUUCUUCUGCACUUUUAAGUUAAUUGACAUUAACUGGUAAAGACGGGUUUCAUUUUCCUUCUCGCACUAAAGAGUCCAUUUUGUCCGGUAGUGUUACUUGAUCACUGAGCCUUUUAUUUAGUCUUUUAAUUGGUUAUACACGAAUAGGCCGCCUACAUUGGUGCGAUCUCGAAAUGGGUUUUAGAAAUUAUUUUACUUUUCUGAUUCACUCAACUUUAGUUUUGUAUAUAUUUUUUUUAGCAUAUUCUGAUUUCAUUGGUACAUGUCAGGUUUAGUGGGUGUGCUCCAGAAUAAAUGAUCAUUACAAGUUCUAUUUUAAGGAUUUUUGAUUGUCAUGGUCCUUUGGGAUAAUGAUUGAAAUGCUGAGUAUGGCUGGUAGGCUAUAAAACUAUGUCAACAAUAUCUUUCACAGAUUGAUUGGAAAAAGAAAGACCUUAUGAAGCUUCCCGUUUUUUUUUUUUGCAGGGUACAUUUUUACGUUGUAGCAGAUUUGUUUAAGUUGCUAUAAAUUCAUAUUUAUCUGUAUUGGAUUACUGAUACAAUGAAUGUUGUUGGCCGAUUUAUCUUAUGAAAACUAUUGAUAUGGCUCAUUUAGGAACAGUUGGAAGCCUGGUUUGGUCUGGUUUGCAUGACUUUCUGACUGAUAUUCAUAUAGAGCUUUAAUUUAAUAGUAAACGUUACUUUUGAUUUAAUGGUAAAACAAGGAUACUGGUUUGUUGUUUUUGUGUUUGGCCAGAAUUAAAAACGUCGUAGCAGUCUUGAAAAUAUCUGUAGUUUAGCCUUCUGAUAAGAACACCAAGCCGCUAAAGGAAAGAGGUCGUUUGUGUUUUACUUUCCAGAACAAAUUAAUUUACCAACUCUUUCUAUGCUGAGUGAUUAUCUAGAUUAAUGAACACAUACAUGCAUGUGUACAUAACACACACACACACACAGGUCUUUUGAUGUCAUGAGAAUGUUCCCUUCAGUGGUUCAUUUGAUUUAGUAUUGAUCCAUUCCAGGUUUACGGAAACCUGGUAUCUGGUGCAACAAAGUCCAAUUUACUUCUGAAGACAACGUAGUACAUUUCAGUGUUGCUGGAGGUGUGGUGAAGUUUUUUUUUUGAAAAUAUUGUUGACAUUUCCUUGCUUCCGAAAGUGGCAAACCUCGAGUAAUAAGAAAUGAGAAUAGAACAGUCGCAGUAUAAUUACAUUCUUUUUGUAUGUUUUCGUUCAAGUCGUUCAGAGCAAUACCGGUGUGGGGGCAACCAUUAUCAGUGUAUUAGUAAUGUACAUAACACCAAACAAGUCGAACUUUCACCGAAUGUUUAUCGUUGUUCCAAACUUUUUGAGUUCUCGUUAUGUGCUUUGUUGUAUCAAGUUCACUUUUUAUAUAUGUCUAUAUAAAAAAAAAACUGAUGUGUCCAGACUUGAAUUAUUCUACUAGUGUUUAGUUUGUGUGUUGAACCAAAACUAAAGAGACCCUGGACCCCGUUUCUGUUCGUAGAUAUUUGAAGACUUUUUUUAAGGGGAAAUAAAUAAAAUAUGGCCUAUAUAUACCAUGAAGAUAUGGGUAUGUGAAGCCGAUUUAACGUCUCCAGCCCACAACUUUGUGUGUCUAAUGUCUCUGUGUCUUGUGCUUUACGAUGAAGCUCAAUUCUGAUGCAAGCUGUCAUUCAUUGUGAUCUAAUAUUUUUCUUAAGGUAUUGUUUCGUUUUUAGCCCCCCUGGUAUUGUUUCAUGCAUUGACUCCCCUCCUCCCUCUGUGUUUGACCAAAUCCUUGACCAAUUGCCUGUUGCGCAAUGAACCUUGGGAUCUAGGUGUAUCAGUAAGAUGAGGUACUUUUUAACGUAGGCUACAUAUUUCCAUUACAUACCAAUUUGGUACAAUAAUAUGCCAUUAUUUGUGGCAAGGAAUCUAUUGUAGUCAAUUAUUUGAGUGUACUUAUUCAUAGUAUAUAUUGAAUUACCCUCAUCCCUCCAACACUCAGCACUGAUAAUUUAUGAAGUAUUUUAAAUGCCGAUAGUAUUAGCUGUAAGUCCAAAAUCUUGCGGUUUCCUGCAAGACAUAGAAGGGUACAUGAUGCUGAGUACAAUUUUGAAGUGGUUUUGUUUGUCGCUGUUCCCCUUUCGUGGUUUCACUUUGACUCAACUGACCUAGUUUUGUUUUUGCUCCUUUUGUUUGCUUUUUCUAACUGUAUUGAAUUUGAAUUCCGAAUCCUAUGGAUUUAUUUAAAGUAUCGGCUAUGCCAUUUAAGUCACAUCAGUAUACGACAUAAGUUAUGUCUGGUGACGGAGAACAGGUUCAUAUUGGACCUAUUUGUACCUUCUUUCUCAGGUUUUAUUGCCAAUGUACUUGCAUGAGCUUUAUGAUGAACGUAAUGAUUUUUAUGUCAUCAGGUUUGGAGCGCUCCUCUUUAGUGGUUUUAAUGAUUUCAACAACAACAAAAAAGCUGCACCAAUUUAGAUUUUAAACAAGAUGUUACAUAGUGUCUUCGUGAUCGACUGAUCUGCUCAUAUUGUCUUAUUGUUUCUGCUAUUGGUUUAUUUUAUUUGAAAUGUCUAUGGUUUUCGCCCCCUGGGAACGUCCAGUGAACUGCUAUGCUGCUUAACAUGUUACCACGGUCAAAACAAGACAGUUUGGUUUGAAGUUUAACCUGAAGUUUAAAAGAUCUUGGAACGACUAACAUUUGUUAUUCUUCUCAGGUGUUCUGGAUGGGAUCCAGAAGCGCGUUGUGUUUUGCAGAACUACGGCUGAAUAACCAUAGUUGACUCCUUCUCUCCGUUAUAGGUCGGAUCCCGCCCACUGACACCUUGCGUCAAUGCUAACACUAUUUGUUUGAUUCGCAGGUCCUGUGAGAACACAAUUGACAAAUUUUUCCUCAUCUUCAGUCCAUUUUGCAGCGUGGUUUUGGACCUCAAACACCCUUGGCCAGACUUCUCCUUCUUCCAACCUCUUUUCCUGUAACCCUAUCCUCCCAACCCCCCAACCCCCCCCCCCAAACCUCCAAGGUUGGCGUUGACUCAGUUGAUGUGUGUUGUUAUUGUGGUGGUGGUUGUUGCUGCUCUUAACCCUCUGUAUCAAGCAGGGGCCUUGCCUGGAUUACCUUUGUUUGUUAGCCCAAUGGAUGGAGGUUAACAUCUCUGUGACGACACCCGGGGGUCACAGAUCAGACACACUUAAAGCCACUCGCUUCCACUCCACCCAACUCAUGCCAGCUAUGCUCGGCAUUCAAAUGUUUGGUUGGAUCGUGGAAAAGGUACUACACUGAUUUUCUUGUGCGGUGUGAUAUUGUCAAGCACUGAAAAAAACGGACUUGAAUCGUUGACAGAAAUACCAAAAUGUAUGUUUCACAUUUAUGUUGGGAGACAUGGUGAUCCGUCAAGAUUGUACAACCCCAAAGUUUGUGAUGCAAUGUUGUUGUUUAAGAACUUCAGUGUUUGUCCGUGAAAUGUUUGCCUGUGAUGCGUUUGUACACUGAAUAUUGACGCAACACGUUGAACAGCUAAAUGAUUUUUACGAAAUAAACGAGCUACAAUGUACAUUGCUGAAGAGUUAAGUGAUUCUUACCUAAAUAAACACUUUUCAAUGUC